AUGAGUGGAGAAAAGGAAGAGGCCUCACUUACUGCAUCCAGGGCUUAUGGUGAGGCAGAGGAAAGGAGAGACGUGCCAGAAAGCUCUGGCAUUUCCACCCAGCAUGAGCAACCACUACAGUACCAACAGGAAAGUCCAUAUGCUAUGGCCCAGCAGUCCCCAGGCACCCUGACAGAGUGUGACCGGGCUCAGCAGGAGAUGAGUGCUGUGACACAGCAGCAAGGGACCCUCCAGGCCCCAGAGAGCUGUGAGCACCAGGCUACUGGCCUCUCUGUGGUGGAACUAGGGGAAGCAGCAGGGUCCAACCUAAACUUCCUACCAGGAUCUGUGUCUAAUCAGCCUUGCUCUUCGACCUCUUCCAGUGAAGAAGUCCAGUCACUCCUCAGAGCAAUUCCUCCCAUUCCAGUCGACGUGGUGGGCAGACAGAGGACCCCUUGUGGGGCCUGGGAGGUCGGUGCACUCCACCACGGAAUGAAAGUCUAUGCGGUUGCCAUCAGCCGCUCAACCCACCAUGUGUACACGUGUGGUUUCCGCCACAUCAAGGUUUGGGAUGAGAGUGCUCUGCACGCCUCUGACAAGCUCCCUCAGGCCCAGCUGGACCUUCAGGACCGCCAGAACUGUGUUCUCACCUGCAAGCUGUUCUCUGAUGAGCAGUGCCUGAUCACAGGAGGUGUGUCCCGAACCCUGACUCUUUGGGAUCUGGUACCCACACCCCGUGUCAAGGCAGAGCUGGCGUCAACAGGUUCCAGUUGCUUUUCCCUGGCAGUCUCCUCUGAUGCCCAUAUCUGUAUAGCUUGUUUCAGAGGAUUUGUUGAGAUUUGGGAUUUGCAGAACCAAAUCUUGAUCAGGAAGCAUCAAGUCCCCAUAUAUGGGUCCAGAUGUGUAGAUAUCGCAGGUGAUAAGUUCUGGACAGGAGGUGAAGAUACCAGCCUGUAUUCCUGGGACCUGAGGACCUACCAGAGGCUGCAUCAACAUGAUUUACAGUAUGAGAUCCUCAGCAUUGCCCAUGACCCCAGUGAGGAAUGGAUGUUAGUGGGCUUGAGAACUAGUGAUAUAAUAUUCCUGCACACUCAUCGGGAGGAGAAGUAUAAGGCCGUCAUGCAGAAGAAAUACAUCUACCACCACAACCUCAAGUUUGCCUCCUGUGGAAGCUAUUUUGUGACCACAAUGGAUGAGAUGAUCUACUGCAUGGCGGCACCUUCUCAGAAAAGGUUGUUUCAGGUAGAGGAGUCCUCAAAAAUCCUGUGUUGUGAUGUGUCUUUCGACAAUCAGUAUCUGAUCACAGGCUCUAAGACCAGAGCUACAGUUUACCAGCUCUUGUACUGA